AUGGAUUACUCGUACUUGAAUCAAGCUGCUGGCUUUGAUUCCAGUUGUCUCCAAGGAUCGAUGGAUCCAACGGGACUCGCCAACAUGCCCUGUACCUAUGGCGAUCUCACAUCUUGCAGUCAAAUGUCACAAGCGGCAUAUCGAUACACGGCAGCAGCUGCUUCCAUGGCACGUUCAUACAAUCCGGGCGUUGGAGGACCCGGUUCGGGACCCAUGAGUGCAUUACAUCAUGCGGGAAGUGCAGCUUCACAGUGCUCCGUGAUGGGCGCUCGAACUCACCAAGACGUUCAUCGGGCUUCGAUGUUUCCGGCAUCAAUGAAUCUCAAUUCUGGCCUUCCAUACAAAGUUUAUCCGUCACAUGACUCGGUGUUGAGCGAGAAACGGAAGCAGCGGAGAAUACGCACGACUUUUACGUCAGCUCAGCUCAAAGAAUUGGAACGUGCUUUUCAGGAGACACAUUAUCCCGAUAUUUACACACGUGAAGAGAUAGCAAUGAAAAUUGAUUUAACCGAAGCACGAGUGCAGGUGUGGUUUCAAAAUCGGCGUGCAAAAUUCCGGAAACAAGAACGUUUGGCGCAACAAAAAGUGACAAAUAACAACUCAACGUCGUCCGAUAGCAUGAAAAAUGGCGAAAACAAGAGCGGAUCAAUGCAACCCGGGAAUACGACUCCAAAAGAUAUCAAACCAGGAUCGCCGUUGUCGACAAUAUCAACGACCCCAAAUUCGAGUGCAUCUUCGCAUCAUUCCAAUGGAGAUAUUAAACCAAUUAAUGGUAAUGGAAAACUAUCCGAUGAUUUACACAUAAACAACAAUAAAUGGACUGGUUCAUGCGGCUCACUGCUACAACAGGCAAAACAAUCUAGUCAUUUAAGUUCAUUAAAUCACAAUUUACAAAACCAUCAUCAUGCUGUAGCUGCAUUAUCGUCGCCGUUCUCGUCGUUACUCAGUGCUGGCAGCGGCGGUUAUUUAUUGGACCCAUUAAGUGGGUUAAAUAAAACAACGGCAGCUAAUCACUUGUUUUAA